CCUUGUUGUUCUAACUCACCUUGUGGGUUAUUCUUUGAAACAAUUUUGCUUAAACAAAUUUUAAAAGAUAUUCCAAUAGCUUGCUCUAGCAACAAAAACAGCAGCAACAAUCCAUCUCGGGCCGCAGGAAAUGUAAACAACAGAAUCUAACCUUCCGUACUGCACAAAUUUAUGUUUACAAUGCGGACCAGCUACAAGAGAAAUCGUCCCUUCGACUUUAAGCUAAUUGAUCUCGUUGAGCCCCAUCCGGUGCUCUACAGGCGCACGGGUCUCUCGACCUACGAUGCCAUGAAGACCAAAACGGAUAUUUGGACGCAAAUAGCAAAGAUCAUGGGCUGCGAAGUUGACUUUUGCCUGAUGCGCUGGAACAAUCUGCACUAUCAGUUUCGCAAGGAAUUUCGGCGGGCGGACACCACGGGCUCCAGCUGGCCGUACCUCGAACGGCUGCGCUUUCUGGCCAACAUUCGAGCGAGUGGCGCGAAGAGCAAAGUCAAGGCUGCAGCGGCCACACCAGCGCCAGGCCAAGCGACUGAGACACCCACCGUGGCGUGGGAGGGGUACAACGAUGGCAGCGGCAUAGAGCUGGAAAAUGCGUUCAUCAUCGAAGAAAUCAUUGAGGAGGUGGAGGGCAGCGAUGAGAUCAUGCACGAGGAGAUCAUCUACGAGGAUGUAGAGGAGCCAAAGCCACAGAACAGCAGCACGGAAACUCAAAAUUAUUUCCUCAAAAUGGACGAGAUCCUCGAGCAGCUGAAGGAGCCGCAGCGCCAGCGAGCCGAGCGCCGGAUCAUGGCCUUCCUGCUCAAGUGUCAGCUGUGCGCGCUGCACAAUCAGUCCGUGGAUGAUUUGGUUAUUUAGUUUAUAAGCAAAAAUAGAACAGAGAAAACACUAAAA